AUGGUCACAACCCGAGCCACCUCCCGCGCAGCAAGCGCCGCUCCCGAAUCCCUCUCCCCAUCUCCUCCUCCCCCGGACUUUGCCCCAGUAACGCCGUCGACAACACGCAAGCGGGCACCUCGAACCACAGCCAACACGACGUCCAAGAAGCGCCGCGUCUCGAUCGAGAAUGUCCCAUCCGCGACAUGGCGGCACACGCCCUCCAAGAUCACCCUCCUCUGGCUCGCUGUGUCGGUUCCCCUCGUCGCAUGGGACACGGGUUACGUCCUGGGUCGCCCCCGCACCAUGCCUGGCGGAAACCUCCACUGGCCGCUGUGGGUGCCGUACGAGCUAUACGGCAAGGUCGAUCACGUAUACGGCUUCAAGUCUUGGGAUGCGCACAACGGAUUCACCGGCGCCCAGAGCGCCCUCAACGUCGUCGAGUCGCUGAUGUACGUGGUCUACCUGUGGCUUGUCUGGACGCGCGCCGACAGCAGGUCGAUGGAUGGGGCUGCGAGGAGGACGCUCAGUGGCCGUGACGGCGCCUUGGCUGUGUUGAUUGGCUUCAGCGCGGCUGUCAUGACGCUGAGCAAGACGGUCCUGUACUGGGCCAAUGAAUACUACAGCGGUUUCGAUAAUAUCGGCCACAACACACCGCUCGACAUCGUCUACCUCUGGAUGCUCCCCAACGGCUUCUGGCUCAUCCUCCCAGCUUACAUGAUCUGGGUGUUUGGGAAUAACAUCCUCGACGGCCUGUCCAUGGCCUCUGGCCAAUCUGCCAAGAAAAGCUUGGAGUAA